UUCUGUCCGUUGGUUAAAAACAAUGAUGGCGUCGCACGGAGAAGAUACAGGUCCCACCGAGGCUGUUAUUUCAGGGGAGCAAAUAGAAAGAAAACCAGCGCCAUUAUCGUUUGGUUUUACUAAAACUGUUAGUAAAUUUAAACCUUCAACCGGCGACGCUGCGGUCAAGGCAGAUGAAAGAGAUUACCUGACCGGAAUUGACGGAAGAGAAUUGCAAAGUUCAAAACCAUCAGAGAAGCCAAAAGAGCUCAUCAUCCCUCUGAUCCAGAAAAACCGCUGGCACAGAAGAGACCAAGCGGGCCAGAGCGAAGCGAGGGCAGGCAAAACACCAGAAACAACCCAAGGCGAUGACUCUGUGGAGACCCGGGCUAUCAAAGAACUCAUUGAAGAUUCCCGGAGGCAGCUUGAGGAGUGGCAGAAUGGCCCUCAGUCAGCUAUCAACCCGAACCUCGCCAUCCCCCUGUUGAUGCAAAACAAAGUGCCCGAUGGCUUUGAGGAUGGAGACCAAGUAAAAGUGGAUCUUCGGCCUGAAUCUUCGACAGAGGCAGAUUAUGAGAGCGUUCCUGUUGAGGCUUAUGGACUCGCUAUGCUUAAAGGGAUGGGCUGGAAUAAAGAGGAAGGCAUUGGACGCACCUUUAAACAACACGUGAAGCCAAUCGAACACCAGCUCCGUCCAAAAGGUUUGGGCCUUGGAGCUGAUCGUUCUGCGAUAAAGGACCUGGAGCCCAACAAACAUAAGCGCCCGCCAAAGCCGGGCGAAGAGCGAGAAAAGGAGGAGGAGCUAGUGAUGGGUCCGGGCGGCUGUGUGCUGGUGGAGUCAGGGGCACAUAAAGAUCUGUACGGAAAGAUUGAAGGCGUCGAUGCAGACAACGCUCGAGUGGUGGUGAAGCUGGCUAUUGGCGGCAAGUCUGCAACAAUCAGCCAGUAUGCUGUUAAACUGGUUGGACGCAAAGAAUACGACAAAAACUGCAAAGACCUUAGUCGCCUCAGUAAAGCUCACAAAGACAAGGAAAAGGAGAAAGAGAAGGAAAGAGAGCGAGAAAAGGAGCAACAAAGACGAGAGGAGAAAGAGAGGCGAAGUAAUGGCAAGUCUUCAGAAAGAGAUGGAGUAAAAGAUGAGAGGAAGAGGAAACACAGAGAAUCAAGUCAAGACAGUGAGAAGCCUCCAGUGAAAGAGGCACGGCGACCACCGCCUCCCCCCUCCUGGCUCCAGAGAGACUUGAAAGUUCGCUUUAUAGACAAAGUUUUCAAAGGGGGGAGGUACUACAACUCAAAGAUGCGUGUGGAGGAUGUCCUGACACCGACUACCUGUGUGUGUCGAACUGAGGAGGGAAGACUGUUAGACGAUGUGAGGCAGGACAUGCUGGAAACCAUUAUUCCGAAGAGUGAAAAUGAUUCUAUAAUGGUUGUACUGGGUGAGCACAGAGGACAGGUCGGCCGUAUUCUCCAGCGGGACAAGAACAAGUGCAGGGCGAUGGUGCAGCUGGACCGACACGAGGAGAAAGUAUUCACAUUGGAUUACGACAUCAUCUGUCACUACGUGGGAGCAUCAGAUCAGUGAUCCAAACAUCCCCCGUCCUUUUUCAUCUCAUCUGAACUGUCGUUUUUGUGAUAUUCAAUAAUAAUGGAUUUUAAAGCAUUGCAAUUUUGUAAUAAAACAUUGUCAACCAUUUUUAUUUGUACAUAUUUUAUUACAAAACUUCCAUAACACCCUAAAGAAAAGUUUUAAUGACUCAUUUUCACAGUAAUCUUCAAAUUUAUUAGCAAAUCAAGUCCACUACUGACUUUAGUGACAACAAAGAGGUAAAUCUUUCGGUCAUAUAAAAACAUAUUUACAACUGUUCUACAUGUUAAGUGUGAAUGCACUGAUGGUGUUAAAUCUUUAGCACUCAAUUUCUGACAU